AUGCGUCUUUCCACCCUCUUCGCCGCCGCGGCCGCCGGCCUCGCGUCCCUCGCGAGCGCCGCCUCCCUCCAGCAGGUGACGUCCUUCGGCGCCAACCCGUCGGGGGCUAAGAUGUACAUCUACGUGCCGGACCGCGUCGCCGCGAACCCGGCCAUCAUCGUGGCGAUCCACUACUGCUCCGGCACGGCGAACGCGUACUACACCGGCACGCCCUACAAGGGGUACGCCGACACGUACGGGCUCAUCGUCAUCUACCCCGAGUCGCCGUACAGCGGCACGUGCUGGGACGUGAGCUCGCCGGCGACGCUGACGCACAACGGCGGCGGGAACAGCAACGCCAUCGCCAACAUGGUGACGUACACGCUCAGCAGGUAUAACGGGGACAAGAGCAGGGUGUUUGUGACGGGGACGUCGUCGGGCGCCAUGAUGACGAACGUCAUGGCGGCAACCUACCCGGAGCUCUUCGCCGCCGGAAUCGUCUACUCGGGCGUGCCGGCCGGGUGCUUCUACACCGGCACCGUCAACGGCUGGAACUCGACCUGCUCGCAGGGCAACUCGGUCGCGACGCAGCAGGCGUGGGCGCAGACGGCGCUCAACAUGUACCCGGGCUACACGGGCGCCCGGCCGCGCAUGCAGAUCUACCACGGCAGCGCCGACGCGACGCUGUACCCGCGCAACUGGAACGAGACCAUCAAGCAGUGGACGGGCGUCUUCGGCUACAGCCUGACGCCGCAGCAGACGCUGCCGCGCACGCCGGGCGCGCAGUACACCAAGUACGUCUACGGGCCGAACCUCGAGGGAAUCUACGGCUCGGGCGUCGGGCACAGCGUGCCGGUCAUGGGGGCGGAGGACCUAAAGUGGUUCGGGAUCACGGGCGGAUCUCCGCAGCCCGGGACGACGACGCGGAGCUCGGUGCCGCCCCCGGCGACUUCGGCGGCGAGCCCGCCUCCGGCCGGGGGAUGCACGGUGGCCCAGUGGGGGCAGUGCGGCGGGAGCGGAUGGACCGGGUGCACCGUUUGCGCUAGCCCGUCCACGUGCCAAGUCUCGAACCAGUGGUACUCUCAAUGUCUGUAG